CCCCUUUAUAUGUAAAACGACCACUAAAGAUGUUUUAAUUUUCGAAGACAUGCCUCGAAGUCCAUCUUGAAAAUUCUAUGUCGAGGUCUGGUGCCCAGUCCGUCUCGUCAACUUCUGUACACCAAAGGCAUGGGCACUAGGAAGAAUUUCAAGAUGGCGGACGUUCGAGAAAGACUCGCCAGGAGAAACGAAGAACGAUUACAAGCAAUCGAUGAGCGAAAAAAUCAAAGUGAAUCCCAUUUAGAGCCCGAAGAGAACAAGGAUUUGUUUAAAACUACAUUUUCUCAAGGAAGGAUUGAGCUUGAAGACCUAUUAAGUCAGUGCCGAAGCAUAGUAGGUAAUGAAGAUAAAGAGGUUAUUGCUCAGCACUUUGACAAACUAGCUGAAAAAUAUCAACAGCUGCAGAAGUUUUUGGCGGACUCAUCUAUUUUUUUGCCGGCAUACGACGUUAAGUUAUCACAAGAUAAAAUAAAUGCCCUCCAGCAAGCUAUAAGCGAACAGAGAGAAAGGCUUUUACCAAAGAAGAAAUUCGCCUUUCGAAGUCGCAAGAAACAGGCUGACGAACAAUCUAUUGGACAAAAACAGAAUCUUGAUGAUGUGGAUAGUAGUAUACAAAAAUCCAUGGAUGAUAAUUUCUUUGGCCAAAAGUCAUGUGGAUUUAAAGGUAUAAAGGAGCAAGAUCUGAGAAUGGAAGAGACACAGUCAAAUCAUCAAGACGUUAUAUUGUCAGAUUUAGAGAAGUGCAAUGUCAAAAUUCUUGGUCUCCCAUCAGCACUGCAUAUGAAUCAACUCAAGAAUUGUACCAUAAUCUGUGCACCAGUAUCAACUGCCAUAUUCAUUGAUGAAUGCACAAACUGUACUUUUGUACUUGCUUGUCAACAAUUGCGUGUGCAUAAAACAUCUCAAAGUAGCUUUUAUUUACAUGUGUCCAGUAGAGCCAUAGUAGAAGAUUCUACUAGUGUUGGUUUUGCUCCAUUCUUGCUGGAAUACCAACAAAAGGAAGAACACUUCAAAGCUGCUGGCCUAGACCCAAAAGAAAAUAACUGGUCGUUGGUGAAUGACUUUAACUGGUUACGCAAAGAUGAACAUUCUCCUAACUGGUUCAUAAUAGAUGAAGAGAAGCGUCAUAACUGGUCUUUUUGAAUAGAGACAAUAUGAUUUAGACUUCUAGAGAAUUAAUGGUGACCUAAAGUGACCUCAUUAUUGAAGAAAGGACAUUCACUUGAAAAUGAUUUGAUUGAAAAACAGUUUUUAAAUUUUAAGUUUUCUUAUGCAAGUGAGUUGCUAAUUUAAAGCUGCUUAAGCGCUGUUGUCUGUAAAUACUGAGAAUCACCAGGCAGUCUCGAAAAAUUGAAUUUCUUUUUAUUCCACCAAUCAAACCCUUUUGGUGAGCUAUUUUCAAAAAUAGCAUUGAAACUUCCCGCAGAAUUUUAUUUCCUUCCAAAUCCAAGUUCGUUGAAAUGCCCUAAAUUGAGCAUCAGACAGGCACUGUGACUAAGCAAAAAUCCUGCACUUUUGUUGUGCUCGUUCACAAAACCCAAAACUCGGUAUUUAUCGGUAUUUACAGACAACGGCUCUUAAAAACUAAA